AUGGACCAAAAGCCACCAAAAAAUGAUAAAGAGGCUUGCACAGAAUUGUCAGCUGUGAAAAGAAAUUUGGUGAGCAGUUUUAGGGCUACUGGUAUCUCUCCUUUUGAUAGGAACAGGGUGUUAAAUAAAUUGCCACCUGAGUCGCCUUCUCCUGAAAUCGAAACUGGCGUUCGAGAUUCCUUAACAGAGUUUUUAAGAGAACAAAGAUUUAGGAAUGAAUCACAGCCACCAAGGAAGAGGACCAGACUACAAAUUGAACCUGGUAAAAGUAUAUCGACACUUAAUGAAACAUCUUGCCCCACAAAUCAAGAAGUUGAUGUAGUUGAGGUCCAACACACCUCAGAGCGAAAUGAUAAUCUCGUACAAACUGAAUCAAUAUCGAUGCAAAUUCCUCUUUCUGUUAUCAGCGAGCCAUCCACAAGCUAUAGAACUGGUUACGAGGACACCAAUGAUAAUCUUACCGAUUGUGAGUCUGAUAAUGAAAAUAUAGCACCGAAUUAUACUAGAAAUACCUCAACAGAUUUGGCACAAAAUCCCGCAAUAGGGCAGUUUAUUUUAGCAAAGUUUGGAUCACAAAAGGGAAAAAAGACAUAUCAUUAUGAAGUUCCUAAAGAUUUAUCAAUUAUUGAAAUUAGUGACAUUAUUACUUACCUGCCUAAACCGAAAUAUAUCAAUGAAUGCUACUCGUUCCCCAAUGAUGUGAUGAUCAAAGAAUUACGUAAGCGUACAUCUCGAGUUACGAGUGGGCAGCUUGAGAUACUAUUGUCCAAGCUGGAAGCUAGUCCACAUUUGUACACCAGAAAAUUUAGUGGCCUGCAGGGCAAGGAAAUUUUUGAAAAGGGCUGGAGGGAAGUUGCCGACGAGCUCAACCAGCUUCCCAACGGAUACGUCAAGACGCCUGAGCAAUGGAUAACAGUAUGGAGAGACUUCAAAAGCCGAGCCUGCACUAAAGCGGCAAAAUUAAGACGAGAAAGGAUGCGGACCGGCAACCAAGGCAUCACCACUGCUCCACUGACUGAGGUGGAAAAAAAAAUUGUGUCGCUGAUAGGUGUUGAAUACACAUUUGGCAGCGACUGCCCUGACUCUAUGCCAGAGGAAGAAACAUUGCAACAUGAGGUGGAGGCUGGGGUAGAAAUGGUAGAAGUCGUAUGGAGAGACUUCAAAAGCCGAGCCUGCACUAAAGCGGCAAAAUUAAGACGAGAAAGGAUGCGGACCGGCAACCAAGGCAUCACCACUGCUCCACUGACUGAGGUGGAAAAAAAAAUUGUGUCGCUGAUAGGUGUUGAAUACACAUUUGGCAGCGACUGCCCUGACUCUAUGCCAGAGGAAGAAACAUUGCAACAUGAGGUGGAGGCUGGGGUAGAAAUGGUAGAAGUCGUUUGUUUGUCUCAAGGUAAUGAAUACCAGUUGCUUGAGACUGAGAGAAACAAAGCAUCGCCAGAACCACAAAUUAUAGCAAGUGGCAGCAGAGCCACACCUGUUGCUUCACCAGCACCCAAUCAACAACAGGUGCAAGAAAUAACUCUGCAGUCAGCAGCACCACAAAUAACAGAGAGAGGCAGCAGAGCAGCAGCUGUCAUUACAACACCACCCACUGUACGACAGGAGAGGCCCAGAAGGAUAAGGAAUCUGAAUCCUCGCCGAUCUACUGCCGAGCAAGCGAACAUAGCUCGAGAGGAUUUCCUGGCAGUUGCAAAAUCUAAUGCAGAUUCAAUGGGGAGGCUGCCAACAUUCAGGCCGAGGCUGCCAGAAUGCAGGCGGAGGCAGCAAAACCUUAUUAUAUUGGCAAUGCCAUUCUCACCCAACCUUGAAUCCAUAACACGAUCCAAUGAUACAAAAAUAAGAUUUCGAGUGAACGCCAGCAUCGAGUAUCAUCUUCCUCGUCCAAAUUGUGAAUCUCUACUAGAUAUUAAAAAUGAACAAUAUCCUUUUUCCGUAUCACUUUGGAAGAUAAACUUAUCUGAUUCAUCCAUUCAAGGAAUCCUGAUGUGGUCCGAAUUAGUAUCAACCACAUGUACUUUCGGAUUUUGGGGGUCUAAAUCAACUAACACCUUAGGGACAACUGUUAUUCCUGUUCAACGACCUAUUAGCACUAUUGAUUUCUCGAAGUAUUUCUCAAGCCCGAUUGAUGAAAUAGUAGAAGACCCUGAGAUUCCAUGGAAUCAAAGGUAUCUUUGUUAUUACUGUCAGAAUGAUUAUCCUGGAAAAUAUGAAAGGACAUUAUACAAGCGAGUUAUUAUUUCAAUAUAUCCGGAUGGGAGCAUUCGUCAUCCCAUUGGAAACUGGGGUCAUGUAACAAGGAAUCUUUACACAGACGGAAAGAGAAAUGACACUCUGUGGGUGGAACCCAUUACUGGAAAUUUGUAUCAAGAUUCACAAUGGACUCAUUACUCUAUGGUCGCUUCUUGGUUGCCUAUGAUUAAUGGAACUGGAAUUGACCCUCUGACAGGAAGGGUUGUUAGUUGUGAUACGGCCAACACCCCAAUAUCCCUUAUUGAGCAAGCUGAAGAGUACUAUCCCAAAGCUCUAUAUACACGAGGCUCCCUGUCGGGGAUUUUAGAGGACAAUGUAUUCUAUAAUGCACCUGCCACCCCACAGGCAACAGAAGAGGGCGAGUUCUCCAACCUGACGAUGGUCUCCAAGUUCCUGAACAGCGAAGCAGAUAAAUGUGGAGCCUUCGCGACCUCAGAAGAGAAGAGCGGGUUCAGAAGAACUCAUCGACAAGCGACGCAUUCUACAAGGGAAAAGGACUUUAAAGAAAAAGAUAUAAGACGAAAAAGGGAGAAGGUCAACGUCCGCAAAAACGAUCCCACCUGGAAAAUAACACGAAAGAAAGGAACGAAGACUGUAGAGAAGCAACGCAGAUCUUCCAAAAUAACAGAAAGGAUAUAUAUACCACUGGACAACAAACUACUUGAGCAAGCUGAAACUCUUUUGCUGAACAGAAGCCAAGACAACAGUUUCAGAGAAGACAUCAAGCGCCUUCAGCAAGGGAAGCAAUUAGAGGGCAGCAGUAAAUUGAAAAGGCUCGACGUAGUACUAGAAGAGGGUCUUCUGCGGCUGAAAGGAAGAAUCGACGCGAUACGAGGCGUGACCAGGGACUACAAACGACCCAUCGUGCUCGACAGCAAGGACAAGACAACACAACUAAUCAUAGAAGAAUUUCACUGCCGCUUCAAUCAUGGAAAUCACGCAACGGUGAUGAAUGAAAUACGACAAUGUUUCUGGGUACUCGGUCUAAGUUCAAUUGGGACCUUAAGUAGGCACAUGAAAGAAGUCCAUCCGACGGUAAAUGUCGCACCGAAAAGGCUUGAGUCAAUAGACGAAAGCGAAGAAAAUUCCAACCAGAAUGUACAAGUGGCCACCACAAGUUCUACAAUAUCAGUGGUGACUACAACCACUUCUUCUGGGACCAGACCAACUGUAACAACAGCUAACAUUAUAUCAGCUACAAAGGGUAAGGUGGCCGGAACUACAGUAAAAGAUUACAUCGUAGUCAAAAAACCUCUUCCACUAAUUAGGACGCAACAGCUGGACGAGCAGCUAAUAAAAAUGAUAGCCAAAGGCUAUCAUGCUUUCAGACUUGUGGAAGAGAAGGAAUUCCGAAAAUUCGUGGACAUGCUUAAUCCUUCAUAUAAAUUGCCCACUCGUAAAACUCUUUCUGAAAGCCUUCUGCCCAAGUUAUAUAACAGGACGAUCUAA